ACCUUACAUUCAGUCACUUAGAUCUCCCUUUCUCCUUCGCGAGUGUUUCACUUUUACAUUUUGGCGUAUAUUUUGAGAAGUUCGUAGUUUUAGUUGCGGGUCUAAAAUGGCUGGUAGAGGCAAAACUCUCGGAUCAGGGGCGUCAAAGAAGGCGACAUCGAGGAGUAGCAAGGCCGGGCUUCAGUUCCCGGUGGGUCGUAUCGCUAGGUUCCUUAAGGCUGGGAAAUAUGCUGAACGUGUCGGAGCCGGAGCUCCGGUUUACCUCGCAGCUGUUCUUGAAUAUCUUGCGGCUGAGGUUCUGGAGCUUGCAGGAAAUGCAGCCAGGGACAACAAGAAAACCCGAAUUGUGCCUCGCCAUAUACAGCUCGCUGUUAGGAACGACGAGGAGUUGAGCAAACUACUCGGCGAUGUAACGAUUGCCAAUGGAGGCGUGAUGCCCAACAUCCACAAUCUCCUCCUCCCCAAGAAAGCGGGAGGCACCUCCAAGGCAGCCGGCGGUGACGACGACUAAACCCAGACUGUUUACCUUAGAUUCAUAAACCCGUAUCCUCCUUCCUCGAUUUGAUUCCUCGAUGGAACAAUUCUAGAAUUUUAGCUUUGAUUGUACUCACUAGUUUCUUGAGGAGGAAGAAGAAAGAGCUUUUGUGGAAUUGUAGUUUGUUCACAGUGUUUUAGUUAGGGUUUUUUAGCGUAAUGUGAAUAUACUCUAAUCAUCUCCUACUUGCUUAAUUACAAGACUCGUGACUUGUUUUCCCAUUAAUGACAAGCGCACUAUUUUGUUGG